UUUAGUUUUGCCCAACCUAGAUCGAGGCACAGACACGGUCUCAAUGGGGAUAGCUGAGCUGACUACACUGACUGCUAGUUAGUGGCAGACUCCACUAAGCUUACAGGCUGACUAACAGCCUGCUGCUUGGCCUGCAGGCUGUGGAUGCUGUCAGCAUCAGAUCUGUAAAUUGGUUGUAAACUCAAUCGACAUUUGGAAAUUAUUGCCCAGGGAUAGAUCGCUUUAAAAAAAAAAAAAAAAAAUUGUUUUCAUAAAUCAAGUGUUCAGAUAGAUGUGAUAAGCACAUUGCAUAUUUUCACUCUUAAUAUAUUGAGAACAAAAGUGUUGGGUGGAGUAGAUUAAGUUACCAAUACUUUUGAUACCAGCCCGAAUACAACUGCUGCAAACAUGUUAAUAAUGUGUCAUAACUCAAUAUACUGUGGAUAACAGUGGCUUCUGUCUUAAGUUUUCAGACAGUCUUCCAACCUGCUAUGCUAAAUGCACCUAUGCAGUAAUGUAGGGUGAAACUAACUCUCUCUAUUGGUGCAAAAAAGCCAUAACACAACAAAAUUGUGAACCAGGUUUAAAAGCUCUGUAACACUAACCAUUAUAAAUGUCUAAUGCCUCCGUUUGAACACAGAUGUACAGACUGGGUUGUUUUUAAUUAACAUGCCUUGCUUCAAAGUCAAUUACUCAUUAUUAAACAUUGAAUACAAAAACAUAUUCACGCUGAUCAUUGUAAAAAUGAAUUAUUCCACUCUAAAUGUUUAGGGAGACUUUGUAACAAUAGCACAAACUGUGAUAAUGAGGGACUCAUUCUUCAGAGAUUGAAUAUAUGUUUCCCAACCUUUCUGUCAUUAUCCCUUAGAAUUCUAUUGAUACUGGCUGGCCUGGAAUAUUGCUUGAUUAUUAUGAUGAUAAAAGUCACAAAAUGCGUUUACCAUUCUUUCACCAAUAUCCCAUGAAUAAACUAUGGUGUAUAUAUUAAUAAGAACAUGUUCAUAAUGUGCAAGACAUGAUGGCACGUGCACAGAGGUCUUCUGCAAGAUGUUUGUCGGGGGUGAUGAGAGAUCUGAUUAGUUGAGGAGAAUUAGGGGCCGUACCAGAAUGUGAUCUCAUCAUUUAUAAGCAUCUUGAAAAUGUAUAUCAUAUCUCUGCAGUUUAUGGUGUGAGAAGGUAAGUUAAUCACAAUUCAUUAAAUAUUAGCUAGCUAAGUGUAGCUAACCACACAUUGCACAAAGCAUCUUUGAGAUUCCCUUUUGAUUAGCUAGCAAGUGGUUCCUAAGUGGUUGCGAGGUGGAGCUGGAGGAAGAUUGCUGGCUACUUAGCUGCUGGCUAGCUAGCUAACGUUAACUAUGUCGUGGCACUGCAUAACAUCGUUGUCUCGUGCAAAGUGUACUAAACUCUUCUGGUCUGGUCUAUUCCAUCCUAGUUGCAACCAACUACGAAAUCGGCCGGUCAUGGAGGUCAAUGGGUGCGAUGAACAUCAGAAUUAUGAAAUACUUGCAGAGAUAGGCGAAGGCGCAUAUGGCAAAGUGUACAAGGCCAGAGAGGUCCGCGAUCAACAGCGACUCGUAGCGGUGAAGAAGUUGAACAUACCCGGACACACGGAGAGUGGGAUUCCUGCUUUCAUGAUCCGAGAGGUGGCGCUCUUGCGUAAGAUCGGGUAUUUCAACCAUCCCAACAUUGUAAAGUUGUUGGACGUAUCUGCUGGUCUGAAGAACAGGAGUUUGGACCUGACGCUGGUGUUUGAGUACAUCGACCAAGACCUGUCUACCUUCCUCACCACGGUCCCCAGCACUGGACUGAGUCUUGACAAAAUUAAGGAUGUGAUGGUGCAGCUGCUGCAGGGGCUGGACUUCCUGCACACCAACAUGCUGGUGCACCGGGACCUGAAGCCGGAGAAUGUACUGGUUAGUAGCCGUGGAGAGGUGAAGAUCGCUGACUUUGGGCUGGCGCGCAUCUACACCUAUCACAUCGCCCUUACACCCUGUGUGGUGACACUGUGGUACAGGGCCCCCGAGGUGCUGCUCCACUCUGGUUACAUGUCCUCCGUGGACAUGUGGAGCGCUGGCUGCAUUUUUGCCGAACUGUUCCUUUUGAGACCGUUGUUCCGUGGAUACACUGAGGCUCAGCAGCUCCAGAAAAUCUUUGAGGUGAUUGGCUUGCCCAGCGAGGACGACUGGCCCAGGGAGAGCCCCAUCUCAUACUCCCGUAGCUGGUGCCCCAGAGACCCCUGCACCCAGCUCUUAUCCAACCUGGGCCAGGAGGAGAACAACCUGCUCCUUCAAUGUCUAGAGUUCAGCCCGACCAAUCGCAUCUCAGCUUCCAGAGCCCUCUCCCACCCUUUCCUCGUGUGCGCCUGAGGACUCAUAACCUGGCAGGAUGUGGAGAGGAGGGAGGAGAGCUGGGACAGAGGUUAAUUUCCCUUGGAAUCCUUUUACCUAGCCUAUAGAACACUGAGGGUUCUCGUGCCGUAAGAUCCGAUGUACCUAUACCGAAAUGUAGAAUUUUUUGGAAUGGAAAUAAAAGUUAAAUAUUUAGAAGAUAAAUCUGCAGGUUAAGAAAUAAAGUGGGCAUCAUGCCACUGUUUUGGUAAAAAGUUGAGAGAUGGG